AUGCGGGAGGCCAACAAGUACAUGGGACAAUACUGGUUGGACCUGAAGCUCGACGGGAAGCCGGGCGGUGUGGUAGAUUUUUGGGCGCGCCUCGGCUACAACUCGACGGCUUGGGAAUCUGUGUGCCAAAUGGAUGCCAAUUUCCAGAAGGCACGCCGUGAAUUGACCGGCUAUACAAUCCAGUGUGUGAACUGUCUGAAGUGGCGCCAUGUUCCGUUCAACACCGACUACUUCUUGGGAGGCGUGCCCGAAAAAUGGGCGUGCAAGGACCAUCCCGAUGAGGCUUAUCGGUCAUGUGCCGCUAAAGGAGGCCUGAAAUCUAUCAAAAUCGGCAAUGAUCUAUCGUCUGGAAAAGCCAAAAACUCCGACAGGGGUAGAAAGCUUUUGAGCCCGAAGCGAGAGACACCUUCAUGGCACGAGCUAAUGGAAACGGCGCGCCACACAACGUCACAAAAUUCGCUCAGAGGCGCGUCGGUUAUUGCGAUCUCCUCGAUCACAAGCAGUACACCCGGCGAGCCACCUGUCGCAAAGAUCACCGAGUGCAUCGAAAUUGACGACGAUGAAAAUGGCACGAGAUAUGUUCAGCUGGACGAUUAUGAUGAUCCGUAUGCGCUAUUCCACUCCACAAUCACGUUAUCGGAGGAAGACGUCGAAUCAAAGCCCGAAAAACGUGUGGGAACGCCACCUGAACCGUCCGUACGCCAGCAAAUUAGCACAACGAACAAGCGUUCACAACCCAGCACCUCCCGUCAGUCGAUGCCCGCCAUUAAAAGGGCACGGGCCAGUGGAAGCGCGCUCUCCUCCAGUGAUGUGAAAAAAGAGCUGGCGGACGUAAAUGAAGACUACAGUCAGCGUCCUAUCGACACCCCGACCCGCUCGGCGACUCGUCCCAAGCCAUCGAAGCUACGCGUGAAGGUCAGCGCUCCCGUAGCUGCCACUACGCCUCCGUCCAGCGCAGAAGCUAUCAAGACGCUACGCAAAGUUCUACGUGCCGUUUCCGAGCACAUGCCGAAGGCUUUCCCGGAUGUGGCUGGCAUGCCGACUGCCGACAUCCUCAAAAUCGACUGGGCUGACCUCAUCGAGACGAUGGUGCAAAAGUCGAAAGACAAGACGGACGCUGAACUCGCCCAGCUACACGCGAAAGAGCGAAAACGGGACAAGGCGCGACUCCGCAAAUUUGACCACCCGGCCCUGACGCCGAUCAAGGACGCUGCCUGUCGCGUCCUUCGAUGGGCUGCUCCAGGCGAGCCCGUGUACGCGGAGGUGACCCCGGAGACAGCAUUGCCCGCCCUGAUCAUGUUCCGA